AUUACAAAACCGAUUAAGGAGGAGGAGGAAGAAGAGCGUGUUGUUUGUUUAGGUUGUUCGCAGGCAAAAUGGGGACUCUCUCCUCCUUUGUCUCUGUUUUGGGACUGUUCGUCCUGCUCGCCUGCACAUCGGCAUCUUCGGAUGUGUUCGACAGCGUGCUGGGAAACACGGCCUCCUGUCACAAGUCCUGUGAAAUGACAUACAGUCUGCACACGUACCCGCGGGAGGAAGAACUGUAUGCCUGUCAGAGAGGCUGCCGUCUGUUUUCCAUUUGUCAGUUCGUUCGUGACAGCGAAGACCUGAAUCAGACCAAAUCCGAGUGUGAAUCAACCUGUCGCGAAGCCUACACCCAGUCUGAUGAGCAGUAUGCAUGCAACCUGGGCUGCCAGAACCAGCUCCCAUUUGCCGAGCAACGCAAUGAGCAGGUACAAGUACAACUGGAGGCCAUGAUGCCUCGGAUUCACCUGCUGUACCCCCUGACUCUUGUCCGAGGGCUUUGGGAGGAUGUAAUGAAUCAGGCCCACAGCUUCAUCACUUCCACGUGGACGUUCUACCUCCAGGCCGAUGAUGGCAAAGUUGUCAUUUUCCAGAGUGAGCCACAAGUCAGGUUUUUCUCCCCGUUUGAACUGGAGAAAGAAGUUAAAGAGGAGCCACUACAGAGCUUCCCAGGGUUGAGCAGCCCAGUUUACAAAGAAUACCAUCGCACUAUAAUCCAGGAGAGGGACAGAGAUAUGACCGGGGAUCGCAACUACGAUGAUGAAUACAACCUCUUCAGCUGUCUUUCGAGGAACCCUUGGCUACCAGGGUGGAUCCUUACCACAACUCUGGUCCUGUCUGUGCUGGUCCUGAUCUGGAUCUGCUGUGCCACUGUGGCAACUGCUGUAGACCAGUAUGUACCUGCUGAGAAACUGAGCAUCUAUGGUGACAAGGAGUACAUGAAGGAUCAAAAACUGACCCCAUAUCCAGCGUCCUCCCUGCUGAUCAUCACCUCCAAAGGGCCAGAGGAAGAGGCCGGGCCACUCCCUUCCAAAGUGAACCUGGGCCAGUCUGACAUCUAGAAGCCAAAGCUGUAGCAGAGAAGGGAAAUCCUCCUUUAUUAAUGAUCUAAAGUUGAUUUUUAUCCUCUGGCACAGGACCUGUGCUUCCUAUGGUCUAAACAGGAGUAACUACUUGCAGAACAUUUUGUAUUACUGAUAUAAUGUCUCGUCUCCCUUUUUUUUUUUUUUUUUUUUUUUUUUUUUUGAAGCUUCUAAAAUUGGAGUGAUGGAAUGGUUUAUUUUCUGUAUAUUUGUAUGAUCGAGGCAUUAUAGUAUAGUGAUAUGAGUACAAGUAAAAUAGGUUUGGGGGUUUUCUUAAAUCUUGAUGUGUGCAUUAGCUGUUGGUUGGCUUAUUUUAUUGCAUAAUGUUCAAAUGAACUUUUUGUGACUUGAAGUGAUACAGGUUUCACCUAAACCCCUCAACUUUUGUUAAAAUAGAUUGUGCUAAUACUGCAGACUCUCCCUGUUUGUUCCCAUGUUUCUACUGCAUUGAUUUCCAGAUAUUGAAUUUUACAUAAAAGCCUAAGCUCUUAAUCUUUAUUAAUAGUGACAGCACAUACGGUAGGGUCUUUCCUGCUUCACUAUUGACUGUUCUCGUAAUGAUGAUUCAGAAUUAAAUACAAUGGAGUGAA